CGUUCGUAUUAAAUCGCAUGAACAAUUAGACGGGAGUUAUAGUUGAAAAUAAAUAAAUAAAUAAAUAAAAUGAAAAACAUAAAAAUAUUUUUAAAAAUUAAUCUUUUAAUUGCAAUAAUAAUAUCCUUGAGCUAUGCUGAGGAUAUAGUGCUUAAAUGUGAUGAAUACAAUACAAAUAUCGGGGGUAUGGAAAAAUUCUGUACGGUAUCGGGUUUUCAAGUAACACAUUCGCAAAAUGUUAAAAUACCCCCCUAUGUUAAGGCGAAUCAAACGAAUUUUAUGAAAUUUUACAAUUCCGUACUAUUGGAUAUACCCGCUAAAUUGUUUGAUGUUUUUAGUAGUUUGAAAACUUUAGAUGUUUCGAAUACUGAAAUAGAGGAUAUAUCACGUAAUACCUUUACAUCGGCUAGUACUUUGACCACAUUGAAUUUGAGUCAUAAUCAUAUAGAGAAAAUCAAUACCUCGGUAUUUGUGGGAGCACAUAAUUUAAUGCGUUUGGAUUUAAGCUAUAAUAAGCUGCACACUUUGGGCACUUUAGCUUUUCGCGGUCUGACCAAUAUGAAUAAAGUUAUAUUAUCGAAUAAUCAGCUGUCUGUUAUACCAGAGGAUUUAUUUUUUGAAAAUACUUACAUGGAUGCUGUCUACUUGGAUAAUAAUCAAUUGGAAUUUAUUAAACCGGAAGUAUUUUAUCAUCUAAGACAUAUAAGAGAUUUAAAUUUAGCCAAUAAUCGUUUAAAAUCUUUCGAUCCACAAACAUUUCAACAUUCCUAUGGACCGGAAGUAUUAAUAUUGGCCCGUAAUCAACUGCAAGAGUUUAAUUUAUGCAAUAAGACCAUAACUAAGAAAUUGGAUUUAGAUUCGAAUAGAUUGACGUCAUUGGUGGUGAAUGGCACCAACUUUUUAUCGGCCAUUAAUAAUUCCAUAUCAAGUGUCAAUGUAUACAAUGGACAAUCAGUAAAUGUACUUUUAUUGCGCAGCAAUAACUUAAGCGAUAUAACGAAUAUUACUUUGCUAACACAUUUAACCGAAUUGGAUUUAUCCUAUAAUCCUGUGGGUACACCCAAUAUCAGCACUUUUCAAAAUCUGCAACAUUUAACGAUAUUGAAUUUAAAAGCUACUGGCAUAAAGAAAUUAACUUUUGGCAUGUUUGCCAAACUUAUUAUGUUGGACAGUUUGGAUUUGUCCUACAACAAUUUAACCGAUUUAAAUUUGGAUAUUUUUGUACCCGCCAAUCUUAAUAUCAGAUCAUUUUAUGUGGAUGCCAAUAAUCUCACCGAAAUACAAGGCAAAUAUACUUUUGCCAAAGCAUUUCCACAACUGGCUGAAUUGGGUAUAUCACGUAAUCGUUUCAACUGUUCCUAUCUACACUGGUUACUCAUUAAGCCUCAAUUAACCGAUUACACAAAUUUACAUAUAGAACACGACGACACCGCCCAGGAGACCACACAUAUACGUGAUGUCACCUGCAUAAGUCAUGUUCAAGAUGAACUACAACAGGCUGAACGUGAUCUUGAAUCUUCGAAAAAUUUCCAACAAAUCUUACAACAAUCUAUGGAUACUAUGGCUGUAAAUGCUCAAAAAAUGCACAAAUAUUUACUUAUCAUGUCCAUCACACUGACAUGCUUUAUAACGGUUCUAUGCGGAGUAUGCAUUGUAACAGCUGUACAAUAUUGGCGCACACAACGUGCGAAAUAUUUUCAACGUCGUGGUGGUUCAAUACUCUUUCAUUCGAAUGCCACUACCAAUACUCUAGUGGAACAAUAAAAAAUCUCUACCGGAUCAAUGUGUGUGUUAACUGUUGGCCAAGACAAAUUUCAUCAUAAAUAAUCACGAUUAAUAUAGACGUUAUUAUAUUUUUAUCAUCAUUAAGUUUGGAUUAAUUAGUAAUUAGAGUGUCUAAAUGUUUCCAAAGCAGUGUAAAUAAUUUCUGUCUAAUAACAGAGUCCGUCUUCAUUGCCUUGUUCGCUUUGGUGUGCUCCGCCUAUGCCAAACCCGCUGUUCUCGCUGCUGCCCCCGUUGUAGCUGCUGCUCCUGCAGGUGUUGUUACCGCUACUAGCUCUCAAUAUGUUGCCCGUAAC